GGCUACGUCACUGAUGUUGGACUAGCACGUGCAUCCACCCUCGCUAGGAAACAUCGCACGAGUCGACAUACAGUCGACCUGAUGAAUAUUUGAAUCUGUAUCAGAUCUAGGCAGGCCAUGCUUUUCCCAGGGCAUUCAGUUUACCCUUCCCGUGCCAACAGCAAGUGUUUUCCGGAGCAAUCCACAACCCCGACGAAAGAGCCGAGCCGAUUGGGAAUCCUCCAUCUAGCACAGGUACGAUAAUUGAUUCUUUAUUAAACAUGUAAUAAGAACGCUAAGCCAUUCCUAUCGAUCCUGGCAAUUAUCCUAAACGUGCACAUUGGCGAUCCUGCCAGUAUUUUUUUUGUGGCUUGUGGGGAAAAUAUUCCGAAAAAACCCUAGCCACGCGAAUCUUACAUAGCGUUUGAGGUUAUGAUUGUUUCCUACUUUUUUUUUGAUAAGUCAUUGAAAGGAAACUGAUAUCAUAAUCCAUGUACAUUUUGCUACCAGAUGCCUUUAAAUCUGGUUGAUUAAAAAUGGAAAAAAAAAAUAAUAACUAAAUUUUAUGCAACGAUUAAGGUACGCUGAGAAACCUAAUCUUGAAAAAUCAAAUAUUCUUCUCACAAAACAUUAAAAAAAAAAGUCAUCAAACAAGACCAAACAUCCGCAGAAUAUAACUUACUUUGUUUGAAAUAGUUGCAUAGUCCACAGCGAGACCGGAAGUCCGCAAAUUUAGUCCUCAGCGAGACCGGAUGUCCGCAAAUCGAGUCCACAGCGAGACCGGAUGUCCGCAAAUUUAGUCCACAGCGAGACCGGAUGUCCGCAAAUUUAGUCCUCAGCGAGACCGGAUGUCCGCAAAUCGAGUCCACAGCGAGACCGGAUGUCCGCAAAUUUAGUCCACAGCGAGACCGGAUGUCCGCAAAUUUAGUCCUCAGCGAGACCGGAUGUCCGCAAAUUUAGUCCACAGCGAGACCGGAUGUCCGCAAAUUUAGUCCACAGCGAGACCGGAUGUCCGCAAAUUUAGUCCACAGCGAGACCGGAUGUCCGCAAAUUUAGUCCACAGCGUGACCGGAUGUCCGCGCCCCUCAUUCAAAAUGUGAAGAAGCAAAUGAAUGUUUAUUCUCACCUAAGAAGAGUUAUAAAAAAGAAAAUGAUAAAAUGAUGCGCCUUGUCAUUAAAGUAGAAAAAAAUAGUCUAAGAAAAAGGAAAACGGGUAAAUUUGCCUAGUUUUUUUUUCCUGACGCUAACUGUAGAUGACUAAAGUACAAAAAAAAUAUCGUUCUCGUUUUCAGAACGCGACCGUGUAUUGUGAGCGAUAUGGAAAGUAACGGCAAAUACGUUCGAGCUCCGAAAGCUCCCGAAUCAGAGUGGGAAAUUGAAUCGAUCGGUCAUUCUGACCAGGUCCUAUUGGAAAAUUCAAGCUCUUUCUGCAGCGCUACUAGCCUAGAUGACUGCGACGUCGAUGAAGGCAGUGAAAGAAGUUUCGACUCUGCACUACCAGCAAAUAUUGCGGGAUGCAAAGAUCACGAAGACAGCGAUGCAAUUCCUUCGAAAAAUGUCCCGAUUGAACCAGACCAGACCCAUCAGAGCACCCGCAGUCGCCUCCAAAGAAUGGAAAACGUACUUUGCGAUCUUUCGAAGGCAAUGGCUUCCAUUCAAAGAGCGGAACCCGAGCCAUUCGAACCCGAUCAAGAUUGGUCAACUCCAACGAACAGCGCAUCUGUAACUACAUCCUCGAGCGUUCGUUGGGAUAACAUCAAGCCUUUCCCAGCCGGAGUGCCAGCGAACCAAAUGUGGGAGGAGUGGAACCGUUAUAUAGAGAAUUUUGAAAUCGCGGCAACUCUCAGCAAUGCGAACGAUCCAGUUAGAAGGUCACAGUUGCUCUUCCUCUCAAUGGGGACUGAACUUCAAGGUAUCGUUAGAGCUGCCAAGCUCAGACCAAGUUUGAAGGAAGCAAACUGCUAUCGCAAUUUUGUUAGUAACAUAGGACGUUACUUCCAAUCCAUGACCGACUCAGCCGCUGAACAUGAAGCUUUCUCUAACAUGAAGCAACAAAAAUCGGAAACUGCCGUCGCAUUCCACUCUCGUUUGAUGGCAAAGGUUCGCUUGUGUGGGUACAGCCCAGCUGACCACGAUAGAUUCGUCCGCGCUCAACUCUUGAAAGGCUUGCGGAACAAGGACUUAGUGAAAGCAGCUAGGACGUAUGGACACGAUACGAAUUACAUAGUACAGGCGGCUACGCGGGACGAAGCCUACGAUGCGGAAAUGGCCAUGACAGAGAACUUCGAGUCCUCGUAUUCAGUACACCGUGUACACCGAAAGCCGACAAUAGCGGAAUCGAUCAAAAACCGUGCAAGGCCCUUCGAUAAAGUUGACAGACCAGAGGCGAAGCGUUUUCGGGGCAACCGAUACGCCGAACAACGAUACUCACAGGAACCAAGUCGUCGUUUUCGUUGUCGCAGAUGCCACGGACACUCGCAUUCCAAUUUGCCGUGCCCAGCACUGAACAGGAAUUGCAACAUUUGCGGAGAGCGAGGUCACUUCGCAGCAGCCUGUCGGCGAGCACGUGUGCGGCAGCUCCAAAUCAAAUCCAGCCCAUCGCCUACACGGGACAGUCGUGCGAAUGAGACACAGUAUGUGAACACUUUAUCUCUGGCAGACGUUAUGGUGAAGUGUUCCAUAGGCUCGUCAAGUCCCAUCCUGUUGCUUAUUGACUCGGGUGCGGAUGUAAACGUUAUUGGAGGAAAGGACUGGUGUCGUCUCAAACAAGAAUAUGAAUCUGGCUUGGUAAAUCUCAAUGUGAUUGAACAGUCAAACUCGAAAGGCAUCUGUGCAUACGGCACACGGACCCCCAUGAUCGUAGAAGCUUCUUUCGAGGCCCAAGUCGUUGCAAUAGACUGCGGAAUGUCUUCCAUAAAGGCUGUGUUUCACGUCGUACGCAACGGAUCUAGAUCGUUGCUUGGCCGAUCUACUGCCAGCGAUAUGGGGCUAUUGCAUGUCAAAACGUCAGUUAACAAUCUUGAAGAUGUUAGCAAUGCCAAAGUAUUUCCGAAAAUGCCUGGAAUCGAAAUAAAAUUCAGCAUAAAUGAUUCCGUACAGCCGGUUCGGAACGCGUAUUACAAUGUCCCCGCCGCGUUUCGAGAAGCUGCGAAAAAGAGGCUUGACGAAAUGGAGUCACAGGGCAUAAUCGAAAAAGUGACCGGCGCCCCGAUUUGGAUUAGCGGAAUGUCCGCAGUCGCUAAGGGAAAGGACGAUUUUCGAUUAGUCGUCAAUAUGCGAGGCCCAAAUCGAGCGAUAAAUCGGGAGUACUUCCGACUACCACUGAUCGAGGAGAUGAAGACAAAACUCCAUGGUUCCAAAUUCUACACUAAACUCGACCUCAGCAACGCAUUUUAUCAUCUGGAACUCCACCCCGAAUCUCGCGAACUCACCACCUUCCUAACAGAGAACGGUAUGUAUCUAAAAGCAGCCUAGUCCUAGUCAUAC